AUGUCUCUUUCUUCUAUCAUGACUGGACCUAUAUACUCACCACUAUCACCGUCUCGUCCUACACGGAUUAUCUCGAAUAAAAACCACCAAAUAUCUCCAAGACAAUCUUUUAGUAUUGCUUUACAGUCACCUCCAACAACACCCGAGGAAAGAAGAAUAGCGUCUACGUCCCCACCUUCGUCUCCUCACUCAUUCAGCUCAGGAUUAUCGUCUGUUUCUCUAUCACUUGUUCCUCAUCGAAGUUCGAUCUCUUCUAUCAGCACAGAUCUAUCGUCGGUAGCACCAAUUUUGACUUUACAGGAAAGACGUUUACGCAACAAAACUGCGUCAGCUAAAUAUCGACAAAAGAAGAACCAACAGCAGAACGAAAUGAGGCAAAUGAUUGGCUGUCUAUCGGAACAAAAUGCUGUUCUAGAGCGUCAGCUACAAGAAUUACGCACCGAAAACGAACGGCUCAAGGCAAUAACUGACCGAUUACGAGGAAAAAUUGUAGCCAAAAAGAUGCUGAAACAGUGGAUGGGUCGCCAAAAAGAACUUCCCCAAAACCAUUCCAGACACGCUUUGAACACCACAUUUGUACGGUCGCACCAACAGAAGCAAGCUUUGAGGGAAACACAAAAUCUUCAUACUAUCCUUAUCAACUCAUCAGCAUCAUCAUCACCACCACCACCACCACCACAUGGUUCCCAGAAUAUAUCUUUCAGACAUAGUGAUGAUGAAGAGUUACUAAGCCUUGUGGAUAGUGACCAAUGCGAAGGGGAAUUAGACAGUCUUGUAUCUGACUGA